AACAGCCUGACAAGAGACAGUAACAACAGGAAAGGAGAAGAAACAGGAUUAGAAAUAUGUGUACCAUCAAGCUAUAUUUGAUUGUUGGUCUGCUGAUCAAAUUAACGAUUGGUCAUCCAGUAGAUCAGAUGAAAUGCAAGGCAGACAUUGCUUUCGUUGUCGACUCAUCCAGUAGUAUAUGGGAGGUUGAUUUCGGUGUCCAGAAGGAUUUCAUCGAAGAUUUAGUCAGACGCUUUGACGUUGGGCCGGAGGAUGUCCAGUUUGCUGCAGUCUCCUAUAGCGCAAAUGUGUAUGACGAGUUCAAGUUCAACGCCGGAAGUGACCAAUCGAGUGUCAUUAAAGACGUUGGCGACAUUCGGUAUAGCCAAGGACCAGCCACCAGGACGUAUAAAGCUAUUGAACGCAUGCGUACCUAUCUGUUUGCUCCCGGUAAAGGUUCUCGUGACGAUGUAGUUCACGUGGGUAUUAUCCUAACAGACGGGACAACCAACCCUGGGAAUUAUGACAGACUUUCGACCAGAAUGGGCAAAGCCGAAACGCAAAAGCAAGCGCAGUUAGCUAAGGACGACGGCAUAUACUUGUUUGCUGUCGGUAUCGGACCUGGUGUGAAUGAAGACGAACUUCGAGGAAUAGCUACUGACCCCGACGACCUGUUCAUGAUCAAAGUGGAUAGCUACAACCAGUUGAACACAGAGAAAGUCAAGAAGGUGCUCUCCUACAGGGCGUGUCACGCCGUAACAACGCAAGCCCCUCCGGUCACUAGCCUUCUACCAAUCACGCCUACCAAACCUCAAGGAGAGGAUCCAAAAGAAGUGUGCCAAGGUAAACCUGCCGACGUCUUUUUCCUAAUUGACGAGUCGAGCAGCAUCCAUUCCCACGAGAACUUUCAGCUGGAAUUGUCGUUUGUGCAGCAGGUUAUAGACUACCUAGACGUAAGUGUCGAUCUGACCCAUGUUGGAGCCCUGACCUUCAGUAAUAAUGCCACCAUGCGUUUCCCACUCAACCAGUUCACCAACAAGGACGAGCUGAAAUCCGCCGUAAAGGCAAUUGACUGGAGGGGAGGUAACACAUUCACAAACGAGGCUCUCAAAAUGCUCAAAAAUGAUGGAUUUGCAGUCGCGAACGGGGCACGGAAAGGAGUUGCACAUAUCGGGAUCAUUAUCACGGACGGAAACUCUACCAACCCGUACAAAACCCGCGAGGAAGCCGCCCAGGUUCUUAAUAAAGGCAUUUACAUGUUUGCAAUUGGCGUCGGAUCCGUGUACAGACCCGAGUUAAACACCUUGGCAUCCGACCCAAAUUCAGAUUUUGUUUUCACUGUCGAAAAUCUUGGAGCUCUUAACAAAAUCAAAGAAAUAUUGGCCUACAGGGUCUGCGAAGAAAACCAACAGGACACACCACAGGAAAUUUGUAGACAACAGACAGCAGAUAUUGUAUUUGUGGCGGACGCAUCCACUAGUAUCGGACAAUCGGACUUUAAAAAACUACUCAGCUUCAUCGGAGAAGUUGUCAGUCAGUUCGACAUCGGCGUAGACGCCACACGUGUUGGCCUAAUAACCUUCGCCAAUACAUCAAAGAUUGAGUUCAACCUGAAUUCGUACACAUCUUCGGCUGAAAUAAACAAGGCUAUCUCAAAGGUCAAAUACACAACAGGACUUACGUAUACUGCCGAGGCUAUACAAAUGAUGUUCGACCAGAUGUUUACAACUGAUUCCGGUGCAAGAGGAGGAGAUAUUCCGCAGAUUGGAAUUAUAAUCACUGAUGGAAACUCACGCGAGCCGAAAAAGACGUAUGCGAUGGCAGGGGCAGCACAUGAGCUUGGAAUCCGCAUGUUUGCAAUCGGCGUCGGCCAGUACAUAGUGGAGGACGAGCUGAAGGUCAUGUCCUCUGACCUGGACAGCUAUUUCAUGGUCGAUGAUUUCUCAGCAUUAAACUCUAUCCGCCAAGUCCUGACUACAAAAACUUGUAAAAAAGGAACGAAAACAAAAGGAAAGCGAAUGUCUGAAAAGUUGGGACUGGAGAUCGAGGAAAGAAGACUGCAGGAGAUCGAGACCUUCAUUGACAUCCUAAAAAGAGCUGAAUCAUUAAACUGAAACCGAUGUGGCCAGCAAUCCGGAGGCAAAUUUCACUUAAAGCGUAUUUCAAUAUAUUUGCUGUCCUAAAUUAUGUUUUAUAUUACCAAAUAAAGUCAGAAUAUUUCAACAUA